UGCGGGAGCGGCAGUUCUGGCCCGAGCGAUGGGAACCGGCUUCUGGUGAGUUGAGGUGGGAGCCGCUUCCGGGCCCACCCGUCCCAUGCAGGAGGGAAGGGCUCGAGCUCCCCCGGGACAGCUGAGCCCAGUAGAACCCCUGCAACGCUUCCGGCCCAGGGUACUUGUCUGAGAUGUUUCCUUUUUUUCAGCUGAUUCCAAAGACAUCAUGCCAAUGAACCGCAGAGCCCUCAGUUUCGCGAAUAAAACAAUACUGGCUCCAAUGGUGAGGGUUGGGACCCUGCCGAUGAGACUCCUGGCUUUGGAUUAUGGUGCUGACAUUGUAUAUUGUGAGGAGCUGAUUGACAUAAAGAUGCUUCAGUGCAAAAGAGUUGUAAAUGAAAUCCUUGGCACUGUGGACUUUGUUGCCCCCAAUGAGAGAGUGGUAUUCAGGACAUGUGAAAGAGAAAAAGACCAUGUUGUCUUUCAAAUGGGCACAGCUGAUGCUGAGAGAGCCUUGGCGGUAGCCAAACUUGUAGAGGAUGAUGUUGCUGGCAUCGAUGUCAACAUGGGAUGCCCCAAAGAGUAUUCCACAAAGGGAGGAAUGGGAGCAGCACUCUUGUCUGAUCCGGACAGAAUAGAAUCGAUUCUGACUACGCUCGUCAAUGGAGUUUCUAAGCCAGUCACUUGCAAAAUCCGAAUUUUGUCAUCGGAAGAAGAAACACUAAGGUUGGUGAAGAGGAUAGAGCAGGCUGGAGUUACUGCAAUUGCCGUUCAUGGAAGGAAGAAAGAAGAGAGGCCUCAGCACCCUGUCCACUGCGAGGUCAUCCAAGCCAUCUCCAAGGCAGUUUCUAUCCCAGUCAUAGCCAACGGAGGAUCUCAUGAUUUCGUCAAAGCAUAUUCUGACCUUCAGAUCUUCCGGGAGGCAACCGCGGCAUCUUCCGUGAUGGUGGCCCGGGCCGCCAUGUGGAACCCCUCGAUCUUCAGGAAGGAAGGACCUUUGCCCCUGAAGGAUGUCAUGCAGGAAUAUAUCAAAUACGCAGUGAGAUACGAUAAUCAUUAUACCAAUACUAAGUAUUGCUUGUGCCAGAUGUUAAGGGAGCAAUUAGAAAAUGCACAAGGAAAGAAGUUGCACGCUGCACAGUCUUUACAGGAAAUCUGUGAAGUUUUCGAGAUGAGUAGUUUCUUCCAAGAAGCAUCUGAUUUGCUAGAGAAGAAAAAAGUUUUGCUACAAGUCAAGAGCCCAAAUAAUAAUGAUGAUCACAAUGAAGACACAGGUGUCAUCAAAAUGGCAGUUAAGUUUGAUAAACGAGAGUAUCCCCCACAAAUUACCCCCAAAAUGUACCUUCUGGAAUGGUGCCGGAAAGAGAAGCUGCCUCAACCUGCUUAUGAAACAAUCGAAAGACCGCAGGAUCGACUGUUCUGUUCCGUUGUGACAGUUGCUGGGCAAAAAUACAGCUCAACAUUAUGGGAAAAAUCCAAGAAACUAGCAGAGCAAGCGGCAGCUAUCGCCUGUUUAAGAACUCUGGGCCUCCCCGAAGGCAAACACCACGAGAACGCCAAUCACGCCUUGCUUAACAAGCGCAAGAGGCAAGACCGGAAACUUUCGGACUGUAAUGAAGACAGAGAAAGCUUUGUGGUUGACGCCGUUUGCAAAAAAACUCAUUUUCUUCCCAAAGAAUCCCUUUGCCACAGUUCCUAAUCACCCCACUACCCUCCCUGGCAUUUUACAACUAUGCAGCUCUCCGGUUUGGUCCAAAUUCUCUGCCCUUUAUUUUUCUUGGAGGCCAUCAGAUGGAACAGCUAAAUUUGAAUUUUGAUCCAUAUACCUUGAGAUAGGCAGGGAAUCUCAUACCGUUUUUUGUUUUUUUUGCACUUUUAAUUGGGGCAAUUAAUCCUCUUGCGCCAGGGGCCCCACCCUUUUCCAUCUCCAGGAGUCACAGAGCAGGCAUUCCUCAAAUUCAUUAUUUCAGUUGUCGCCCUCUCGACAGAUCAUUAAACCUUGCAAGAUAUCGGCUCUCUUCA